GCUCCGCGCCUCGGGCGCUCGGCUUCACCUUCAGAGGCGCGGGGCGUGCGCGUCCUCCUCCCCGGGCCGUCCGCCUCCCCGCCAAGGUGCUUGCUGCCCUCUGCCAUGCUCUCCAGGUAAGACAUGCCCCUCCGCGGGGCAGGCGCACUUCUGCAGCCGGCAAGCGGGAGGCUCGCCUGAACAUGGAGAGAUAAGACGCAGGCCCACGUGACCGAGCGCCGUGCCCGCCCCGGCCGGACGAGCCCUCGUCGUCGAGAUGGACCGCCCCCGAGAGGCCGAGAUGGAGCUGAGAAGGGGCCCCAGCCCACCCAGGGCCGGCAGGAUCCCCGAGGCGGACGGCGACAAGGCGCUGAGCCACAGCUGCUGCAUCUGCGGCAAGAGCUUCCCCUUCCAGAGCUCUUUGUCCCAGCACAUGCGCAAGCAUACGGGCGAGAAGCCCUACAAGUGCCCCUAUUGCGACCACCGGGCUUCCCAGAAGGGCAACCUGAAGAUCCACAUCCGCGGCCACCGCACGGGGACUCUGAUCCAGGGCCACGAGCCCGAGGCGGGCGAGACGCGCGUGUCCGAGGGCCUGGACGGCUGCGCCAGCCCCACGAAGAGCACCUCGGCCUGCAACAAGAUCCUGAACGGCGCCACCCAGGUGGACAGCGGCAAGAUCCUGCUGAGGAGCAGCAAGAAGGAGGCGGAGGGGGCGGCGUGCGUGGCGGCGGAGGCCAAGGCGGCGGCGGCGGCGGCGGCGGCGGGGCAGUGCUCCUUCUGCAAGAGCAAGUUCGAGCGGAGGAAGGACCUGGAGCAGCACGUGCACCAGGCGCACAAGCCCUUCAAGUGCCGGCUGUGCAGCUACGUGACCCUGCGGGAGGAGUCCCUGCUCAGCCACAUCGAGAAGGACCACAUCACGGCCCAGGGGCCCCGCGGCGGCGACGCCUUCGCAGAGAACGGCAAGCCUGAGCUGCCCCCCGGCGAGUUCCCCUGCGAGGUGUGCGGCCAGGCCUUCAGCCAGACCUGGUUCCUGAAGGCGCACAUGAAGAAGCACAGGGGCUCCUUCGACCACGGCUGCCACAUCUGCGGCCGGAGAUUCAAGGAGCCGUGGUUCCUGAAAAACCAUAUGAAGGCGCACGGCCCGAAGGCGGGGAGCAAGAACAAGCCCCGGAGCGAGCUGGACCCCAUCGCCACCAUCAACAAUGUGGUGCAGGAGGAGGUGAUCGUGGCCGGCCUGAGCCUCUACGAAGUCUGCACCAAGUGCGGGAACCUGUUUACGAACCUGGACAGCUUGAACGCGCACAACGCUAUCCACCGCCGGGUGGAGGCCGGCCGGCCGCGGGCCCCCGUCGGGGAGGGCCCGGCGCCCGGCCCCGCCGACUCCCAGCAGCUCUUCCUUCAGUGCCUGAACCUGCGCCCGGCGGCCGGCGCGCCCGCCCGCGGGCAGGCCGGGCGGCGCGUGGCCGAGCUGGACCCGGUCAACAGCUACCAGGCCUGGCAGCUGGCCACGCGGGGCAGGGUGGCCGAGCCGGCCGAGUACCUCAAGUACGCGGCGUGGGACGAGGCGCUGGCUGGGGACGUGGCCUUCGACAAGGAGCGGCGCGAGUUCAUCCUGGUGAGCCAGGAGAAGCGCAAGCGCGAGCCCGAGCCCGGCGCGCAGGGGCCCCCGCGCAAGAGGGCGGGCGCGCCCGGGGACCCCGCGCCCGGGCCCCCGGACCCCCGGCCGGCCGCGCGCCCCAGCCGCCGCGCCGCCGCCCCCGCCGGCCACGGCAAGUCGUCCGAGUGCUUCGAGUGCGGCAAGAUCUUCCGCACGUACCACCAGAUGGUGCUGCACUCGCGCGUGCACCGCCGCGCGCGCCGCGACCGUGACCGCGACGGCCCCGGGGACCGCGCGCCCCGCGCCCGCUGCGGCUCGCUCAGCGAGGGCGACUCGGCCUCGCAGCCCAGCAGCCCCGGCUCGGCCUGCGCCGCCGCCGAUUCCCCGGGCUCCGGCCUGGCCGACGAGGCCGCCUACGAGAGCGGAGAGGAGGGCGCGGCCCACCCUGCACCAGGGACAAAGCCACACCGCUGCUGCUUUCCUGAAGAAGUAGCCUCCACUGCGCUCUCCAAUGGAGAUCAAAGUCACACACUUGGAAAUAACCCAUCGGGAAGAGCUGCCAGGGAGCCCGGCGCGGGGAUCGCAGCUUCUGUGUCCGUACUUGAAAGCAGUAGCAGAGACACUUCCAAGAGAGCAGAACAGCCUAGGUUUUCUGUGGACUUAAAGAUGCCAGCAUUUCACCCCAAGCAAGAAGGCCCCGGCUCCAGGGAUACUGCAGACCUCCCUUCACGUCCCCCUCAGACUGCGGAUCUGCAGCUCCCCUCUGAGAGCCAGGCCACCCACCCGCAAGAGAAGCUGUCCGAUUUGCACAACACGGAGCAUUCCGGGGGAGGGAAGAGGGUGCCAGCCCCCGACCUGAUCCCGCUGGACCUGAGUGAGCGGUCGACUCGGGCUGACCCCAGCCACAAGGAGCUGGCCUCCUCCCUGCAAGCUGCUCUGGCCGUCCACCCGUGUCCUUACUGCAGCCAUAAGACCUACUACCCCGAGGUGCUGUGGAUGCACAAGCGCAUCUGGCACAGGGUCAGCUGCCACUCCGUGGCCCCCCAGUGGAUUCAGCCCAACGGUUACAAAAGCAUCAGAAACAACUUGGUUUUCCUCACCCGGAGCGGACGCACGGGCCCCCCGCCUGCCCUCGGGGGCAAAGAGUGCCAGCCGCUGCCCAUCUCCCGGUUCACCCGCACUCAGGUGCCGGGCGGGGCGCCGGGCCCCAAAGGGAGCCCCUCGCCCCUGGGGAUGCCCACGAAAGCCGCCGGCUUGCCCAGGAGCAAGGAGAGCCACCCCGGCGGGCCCUGCGCGCUCUGGGCGGCCGGCGCCGACGGGCAUCGGCAGACCAAGCCCGGCCCCGAGCAGCCCGGGGCUCCGCCGCCCCCGUCCAAGCCCAAGCAGGAGGCCGGCCCCAGAGCCGGGCCCGCGGCGGGCAGCGGGGGCUUCAGCAGAAGUGCCACACCGACGCCCACCGUCAUCACCCGGGCGGCUCCCCAGCCCCCGGCCAACAGCAGGCAGGGGGACAAGUAUGGCUUCCCCCCAGCGGGGGCCGGCCUCGGUCCCCCAAAUAAGCACAGUGCCCUGGACCCGCCCAAAGCCAAAUUCAGCCCUCAGCCUCAGGGUCAGCCGCAUGGGAAAGGUGACGGGGGCCCCCCUCUACCUCCCCGAGAGCCCCCCGCCAAGGUCGGCUCCAGAGGGACUGCGGCCUCGCAGGCCCAGCCCGUCCUACACAGCAUCAAGCAAGAGCCUGCGUCCGAGGGCCCCGAGAAACGCCUGGACAUCCUCAAUAUCUUUAAGACGUACAUUCCAAAGGACUUUGCUUCUCUCUACCAGAGCUGGGGCGGCAACGGCCCUGCGCUCGAGCACAGAGGUGUCCCGACUGUGCUCUGCCCGGGAUGUGCAGGACACACAGGGACACUCCGGACGCCGGCCCACCAGGGAGACUUCGUCUGCGUGGAGUGUGGAAAGUGCUUCCACCAGCCCAGCCACCUCCGGGCCCACACGCGGGCUCACACAGUGCUGUUUGAGUCUAACGGCCUCCGAGGUGCUGAAGCCCACGCCACCUCCGCAGACGCCCCCAAACAAGGGAGAGACCAUUCUAAUGCAGAUACUGUCCAAACAGUGCCUCUCAGAAAGGGAACCUAGAGACACGCUUUCACCAUCCCCGGUGCCCCGGGACAGCGUCCGCAGUUCCCUUGUGGAUGUCCCGACCGUGACCCUGACCGCCCCGUGGAAGAGCUCCCGACCGGACACCUCAGAUCCUGCAGCCGCUGGGCGGGGCGGAAGCUGAAGGGAGGGCGUCUCCUUGUUACACAUUAAACAUCAACGAAGAUGCUCGACUUAGAAUUCCAUGUAGAUAUUCUAUACAUAUACGUGCUCAGCGACCAUAGUCCGUAUUUUCUUAUAAUAAACGGUGGAGGUGGGAGGCACGGUAGGAGCACAAAGCAUCGAUAUCGUUCAAGACAGGUUUGAGACACUGGAAGAAAGGUGCUCGUGUGUGUCGGACAGAGUGAAGCAGCCAAGCACUGUAACAGAAGCCGCCGCCGAUGCUCAGAGGCCUGUUGGAGGUGACGUCAGGACAGACAGCGGAGGGGUCCAGGUUGACGGAGUUUUGACGCUCUGGCCUCUCCUUGUCUUAGUGGGUAUUUAAAAUAGUGAAUAAAAGAGGAAGGAUGGGCGUCGAGGUGCUGUGGAAACAGGCUCAAUGGGGGGCGGGUGGGUGACGAGGUCCUCCUUCCUCAGUGGUCCCAUCGCAUCCCCUUGGGGGCCCUCUGCGUUUCCCAGGUGUGUCCCUCUCUCCCAUCUGUGCUCAGUGAAUCCGGCAGAGGAAACACAUCCGUGGGAAGGCUUUUAUUGUGCUUCGGAAAAGAGAGCUAGUUGAACACUAAGAAAAGCAGGCUUCUUUGUUUAUUCUCAGGACCUUUUGGUAACAGGGCUACAUUCUGCAAACUGCUUACAACGGAAGACUGCCCGUCUUAACAAAUUAUCUGGCCACUGAACCCCCCUCGAUUUGGACCCUUUUAGUCAUAGUGGGAGGAUCCCUGAGCCCGUGGGGGGCCCAGGUCGCCGGGGUCCUGGUGCUCUGGGGCCUCCUGCGCCCCCCUCCCUCCCUGCCUUCCCGUCCGUCUGUCCCAGCAAGUAGGCGUCUUUCCUUCUUGGGCGGGGGGGGGGGGGGGCCUCCAUGGGACGAGUCCCUUCAUUCCCGGAGCGUGGAGGCCGCCCGGCCCGUGGGUCGGGCAGCUUUAUAUACCUCUUCCUCAGUCACGCAGAUGCCAGUUUUAGCGGUGGGGAGUUAAGGGCCUUAACAAAGGGUCUUAAACCUUGCAGUGUACGCAGUUAAAAUUGUAUUCCACAGAUAUAAAUAUUUUCUUUUCCUAUUACCAUGACACCAUGUGUGAUGGUAAUGUUUCUGAGAGUUUCAGAUUUUUGCACAUAAUGAUUUUAUGCAUUAUCAAAAGUUACUGCUGCCUUGAAUGAAAAUGUUCUGUGAAAUUUUUUGCAAAAGCUUUACUAGGUUUUUUUUAAUUGUGAAAUUUUGUAAAGGCAGGAAAUGGAUUAAAAUGAGCAUGCUAAAUAUAUUUUUCAAAAAAGCAAUAAUUUUACAUGUACAGAAAUUAUCCUAAUCUUUAAUACUGGUGAGAGCAACAGUUUACUUAAUACAGUAAUGGAUUAGUGCAGUUUUUGUAGAAAAUGGGCUUCUGAUACAAAGACUUGUUUAAACACACACACACACACACACCCCCUAAAGUGUGGUUUUCCUGUUCUAAUGAUUUGUUGAAUUAUAUUAUUAUUAUUAUUGUUAUUGUUGUUGUUGUUCUUAGUUAAUGUUUGGUUCUGGAUUCUACUUGUUACUGAAUUUAAAUUACUUGACGGUUCAGGUUACUUUGCAACUUUUGCAAACAAUGCAAUGUAACUGGCUAGCUUAUAUCUAUAAAUAUAUAUAUACAUGUAUAUACACACACAUAUAGCUGCAUAUAUGUGUGUGUAUAUAUAUAUAACUUUUUUACUUAUUUUUUCCUGAUAUUCUUACACCGGACAUGUACCAGAAUGAUCUGUCGUGUUGGUGUCAUUAGGAAUGUCCUUGCAGAUACGAUUCAGUGACUGUCCUCUAAAGUUAUUUUGAGCAAAGUUUCAGAGAUACAUUCCUCUGUUCACCCUAGAAAUCAGCAUGCCUUUCUGUUGACUUACGUUUGAUCAUUUCCGUAGUCUCCUCACAGUGAUCGUUUCUGCAUUUUCUGGCUUUUAUUUUCGUGGCUGACAGUGAAGGGUGACAGUUCAGGAACACACAGGGGCUCGUGAUUCGGUCUGUUUCUCUGUGUUUUAGUUAUUCAGAGGAAUUCUGUACCCAAAGCGACACGGAGGAGUCAUGUACGUUCUUACCGUUUCAGAGGCGGCCUUCAGAGCCGCAGGUGUCAUCCCGGGAGACCCCUUUGCGGGGGGCGUGGUGGAGAGGGGCGCGUCCCGGGGUCCCAUUGGCCGGACACGCAGCCCGAGCCAGUUGGAAUACUUGUUUCUGCCCGGAGCACAGAAAUAAGGUUUUCCCUUAAUUCAGCAGACGGGGGUCGGGGCGGUGGGGGGGGCGUCCAAGAACACCACCCUCCAAGGCAAGCCGUCCGGGGGCCCGACUGUACUUCCUUUCUUCCACUGAGCAUCAGUAUUGUAUUGGUUUGUUCAUGUGUUUGUGUCAGUUUGACCAUAGUAUUUAAUACGAUUUGUGUUUUUCUUAUUUAUUUAGCCAAUGUGUUUUGAUUCACUUUUUUUCGAUUGAUAAUUUCCGCAUGGUCUCUCCUGUAAGUCACCCUCUGACUGUUACAGACUUUCUACUACCUCUACCAAUCUGCUGUUUCCUUGUUUCUUAACAGGAUUUGACAGUGUUGGCGUCAAUGUAACUUAGACAAUAAAGGGUUUGGUUGUCUACACUGCAGCUUCUCCGUGUGUCUCCCGGCCCCUGCUUGCACACUCCUGCUGCUGGUCUCACUCUCCUCCCCUCCUCACCCUCGUCCUCAUUGUUGUAACACAAAUAACGAGCUUAGAGACUCUUUCAGGUUAUUCACUCAUAUUCCUUAAUUUGAAGAAUGAACAUUUAAAUUCUCUGAAAAAUUCAGCUGUUCAAGCAUCCUCUCCGGGCAUUCGUCAGCCGUUCUGUCACUUUUCUCCCCUGGUUCCUGGAAGGCCUUGGGGCCAUCUCAGAUGGAUGCGUUUCACCUUGGUCAUGGCACAGUACAGAUUUUCAAACCAAGUGGAUUUUGCCUCUUUGGUUUUGAAAAGUAUUCAGUGCUUUAAGAGAUGCUUCCCAAUAUUUACUUAUUUAUUUUUUAAACCCAAGAAAGACACUAGUUUCUUGAAGGUGCUCCAGGAAAUGGCCCCGGGGAUGACAUAUAUAUGCCACUUUGGUGAGCUUAGGGAGCAUUGGUUUUGCCCAGGAUGUCGAGAACCAUCUUCAGAUCUGGCCGCUCUGUCACACGUUGUACAGUGGCAGGCAAACAGUACACGGGGGCACGUGCACACGCAGGGUCAUCAUUCGGCAGGCCUCUGGGAUGCGGCCUUGGACCCAGCAGGUCGCAGGUGACACCUCCCCGCUGUCUCCCAGGCACCUGGCUCAGGUGGCUGCACCUUCUUUCCACCAGGAGAUAGAGUGUAGCCCACAGGGUCACAGAAGGUGACUGGCAGUUCUCGGUCUGUGCCUGGAACGCAGCGCACCUCCUGGGUUUUCACGGCCAGAUUCUCUUUACCAACAUGCCGUCUUGAAAACAGGCACAUCACCCCCUGGGGGGUGUGAUCGAUGCACAAAAAAACAGCUGCGUUUGUACAACUUUACUUUUCCACUUUGAAAAUGUCUCCGUGUCUGAAGUAGCGUAUGCGGUUUCACUGCUUUUAACUCGGGUGUGUUCUAAUCGCAGGACAUUUUAUACACUGAGCAAAAAGAAAGAGGAUGAAAAAAUCACAGGCCAGGACUUCAAGUGAUGGUUUAGGUGUGUCUGUGUGGAGUGACUGAGGGAAAAUGUUCAUUCUUCAAUUUUGCUAAUUAUGCUUUGAGGCAGUAAAAUGCAAAAGACCAUAGAGUUUGUAUUUCUUUUUUAAAAUACAAUUUAUAACAUUAUAUUUUGUACUCUUUAUAUUAGAAUUUGUAACUAGAUUGAUGUAUUUAACUCUAUUUCUGAAAAAAUAAUUCAAUGUUUCAGUUGUGUGAUAAAAAAUAU